AUGAAUAAUACUACCAAUGAUCAGCCCUUAUUGGCGUUUGUAUUUCGUUUUGAAGUAGUAGCAUUACCGAUAUUAAUUGUAUUCGGUAGUAUAUGCAAUAUAAUGACAUUUAUUGUAAUGCGACGAAAACGUAUGCGUGUAUCAUCAACGUGCUUUUAUAUGGCUGUACUUGCUGUUACCGAUACACUUGUUCUAUGGACUGGCUGUCUUAAUCAAUGGUUUUAUUUAAUGCACGUACCGACUGUUGUUGCUAAAUCAAAUUUUACAUGUAAACUACUGCCAUUCCUAUUUGUUUUCUUUGCUGAUGCAAGUGUAUGGAUUAUUGUAUGUAUGUCAUUCGAACGUUUUUUUGCUGUUUCACGUCCAUUACUUGCUUCACAAAUGUGUACAACAAAACGCGCAAAAUGGGUUUUGUUCGUUACAUUUAUUGUGCUUGCAUUAAUUGAUGGCCAUUUUUUAUUGACAUUACAAUUAGAAAUAAUCGGCGGUCGUCACCGCGUAUGUCACCCGAAAAAAUGGGCACGGCUUUUUGUUGGAAAAAUUUUUGUGUUUAUCGACGCAUUAAAAUAUUCAGCAAUACCGUUUUGUAUUUUACUUAUUUUAAGUAUACUUAUAAUACAACGAGUUUUUCAUGCCGAAGAUAUAAGUGCUCAAUUACAAAAUCUUCGUCCAUUAAAUAACUACCGACAAUACUCCUUGACAUCAAGUCCAAGUUGCACAACACAUUCGUCAACAUUAGCUGUUACUACAGCACAUACAAGUUUACUAACAAGUAAUACAAGAGUUGGUCGUCGUGUUACAUUUAUGCUUUUAUCUGUUAGUAUUGCAUUUUGCGUCUUUUCGGCGCCGAUGUCACUCAUGCAAAUAGUACAGAGCAUAGUGAAACCUGACUAUCAUGAAGUACCAUUAGCUAUUGGCAAAGCUAUAGCUGAAUUAUGUCAAUAUGUUAAUCAUUCGUGUAACUUUUUUUUAUACGCACUAACGGGACGAAUAUUUCGUCGAGAAUUGGUUCGACUGUUCUUUCCAGCACGUUUUGGCGGUAGAAGAAGUAUUCCUGUUGGUGUUGGCAUGAAUGGAUAUGCUAUUGGUGCACGUCCGGGUUUCAUUCCACAGCCAGUUGCUUCGUCAAGUCGUCAUGGGUCACUUUAUUCAGUUGAAAAUAAUCGCUUUAAUAGAUGUUCACAACAAUCAUCUAGACGUUUGACAAACUUGUAUCCAAUGCAAUAUAUAAAUGAAAGAAAUCAACUGUUGAAUCUAUCAUCUCCACGAGGCUCGCUAUUUCUAUCGACUAAUGAUAGUCCAAUAUUGGCAAAUAGAUUUAAUUAUGUCAACGAUGACAAAUACUCGAUGAAUACAUUAAGAAACAAUGAUAAUAAUAAUAAUAAUAAUAAUAAUAAUAAUAACAACAACAACAACACUACAUUGAUUCACUUUUGGAAUAUAUUUGGAAGAAAACGACAACUGAAGACAACUCGAGAGGGCUCAAUGAUAUUUUUCAAUAGAGCAAAAUUAAAACAUCGUGUACCAUCGACAGUAUGA